CGCCCUUUUCAUUUGCCCUUCGUAAUAGCUUUGUUGUAUAUGACAAACUUUAUUGAGAAGUUUCGAUCAGCACAAUCUUGCUCGGCACAACCAACGUGAAUAUUACUCAAAAUAUUUUCUUUUGUCUUGCCGUUUCCCUAUUCCCUUUGAUUAUAUACACAAUAUUAUUUUUCAAGCGAUAACAUAGAAACUGAAAUAUUUUUAGCGCCAUACUACAAUUUGCCUUGUUUGUCCGACAACGCUCGGAUAAUUUACAAGCGUCUUUCCUAUGCGCGCUCCUUUCUUGAACAGCGGGUGCGCGUGCAAAGAUGAGGAAGGGUCUGCGCGUCCUCGCGACCCGGGCAAGUCAUGGUUCUACUGUCUUCCUUUGGAAGCGCGCGACAGAGUCACGCACCACGUGCACUAGAGAUUUCAGCCUCUCUGCAUCUGCAGCUCAAAGAGACUCCAGCAAGAUAUUUUCAUCGGUGCGAAAGAAGCUGUAUUUUGAUACUCAUGCAGUUGUACAAUUUCUGGAAGCUAGUGGCUUCACAAGUCAGCAGUCAGAGAUCAUUGUAUCAUCAUUGCAGAACACAAUUAACACCAAUAUGGACCUGAUAUACCAGGACAUGGUUACCAAAGUCCAGCAGGAGAUCAGCCUCCAGCAGGUCAUGUCCCAGAUAGCAUCUGUGAAGAAGGAUAUGAUCAUUCUGGAAAAGAGUGAAUUUUCAGCUCUGAGAACGGAAAAUGAGAAAGUGAAAAUUGAACUGCAGCAACUAAAGAAACAAUUAAAUGAUGAGAUUGUCAAGGUUCGAGCAAGCAACAAGUUGGAUUUUAAUUUGGAGAAAAGCAAAGUAAAAGAAAUGUAUGCUGAUAAUGACAGAAAACUUCUGGAAGUGAAAACUGAAAUUGUAGAAAUGCAUGCUCAACAAGAUAGGGGACUAACGCAAAUCAACAGAAAGAUAGAUACAGAAGUAGCAGGACUGAAAACAAUGUUAGAAUCCCAUAAACUUGACACUAUUAAAUAUCUUGCAGGUUCAGUGUUUACAUGUCUUACAGUAGCUCUGGGAUUUUACCGUAUAUGGAUGUGAUGGAUAUGAAGUAUCUACUGAACAUAUAUAUUUUUCCUGCUGACCAUGAAUCUGCUUUAAAGAAGACUGAUUUAGUGACCUUGAUAUAUUUAUUAAAAUACCUACUGCUUAACCAAUGAUUAGAGAAGAGAAAAAAAAUGUGUGUUGCAUCUAUACUUUAAUAUGGUGCUUGCUUAAUAUACAACACACUUAGGGCUAGGUCAUGUUACACUUUUAAACUUAUAAAAACAAAACUGUUAAUUUCUAUACAGAUUUUUGUUGUUACAUUUACAGCAGUAACUAAAACUAACCCUUAGUACAAUAUAACUGUACAUUUAAAUGUUUUGCCGUCCAGAUACAUAAUAUAUUGUAUAUUUUGCUUGAUUUUGUAUUGUAAAUUGCAGAUAUCUUCUUAGGAACCCAAAAUGUACAUGAUUUAAAACUAGAAUGAGGAUUGCCGUUCUUAUUUUGUUAUGAGGCCUUAUAUCCAGAAUGAUUGUAAUUUAUGCUAGUUGUUGCUGAGAAAAUUUAGAACACAUAGGAAUUUAUGAAUAAUCUGUUAUUCUUAUAUAUCUCCUAUGGCAGUUUUUUAUUCCAUAACCAUUUCCCUUAUGUUUAAUUAAGUUUAAAUUCCAUUUUAACUGCCUUUAGAUUUUUAUGGAUUGCUACUCUAACCAAUCCGCAAAUCUGAGCAGCCAUGUGGUGUCUGGUACCUCUCAUUGAGGGAUAUGCCUUGACUACUGCAUAUGCUAUCUAAGAGACACAUUAUCAGAAACGUUGUAGCUUAAUUAUACAAAUUAUAUUUCUAUUUUUACGGGACUCUUAUUUAUCUUUCCCUGUUUAUUAAGGAGAUUCUUUUUUCUCCAUUCACCCUCUAUUGUUCAGUUCUUUCAUAUGCUGUUUUUAAGGAUUUUUCUUCUUGCUGUGCUUAUGAUGUUAAAAAUGUUAUAUCCUAGAUGAUCAAAACACAAUUUAAGAGACGUGAAAGUCAAAAUGAUGUAUUCAUAGUUCAUACAGAGCACGCAAAAAAAAAAGUUUACAUUUAAUCAAUUUGUUUAAAUUUAGUUUGUAUUCUCUGUAUCUUUUAUUGAAGAGGAUAUAUAGGUAGGCACAGGAGUGUACGUGCGUCUUCAGCAAUAUAUGGCAUCAGUGUUUUCAACAAUGUUAAUACAUUUAUUGCAGACACUGCUGCUAUAUUGUGCUGAAGACGUACACGCUCAUGAGCUUACCUAGGUAUGUCCAUCAACAAAGGAUACCAUCAGGACAAAGUCAGUUUGAUCAUAAAAGUUAAUUGGAACUGUUUUUUUAUUGUUUUGGUUUUUUAAUUUUAGGCUCUAUCUGAAUCAUGAAGUUUAAUAUGAAAUAUCAUGUCCCGUUAAAAGAACAUGAAACACAAUUUUUUUUUCUCCAUGAUUCAGAUAGAGCAUAACGUUUUAAAAAACUUUCUAGAUUACUUAUAUUAUCUAAUUUGCUUUGUUUUAUUGAUAUCCUUUGUCGAAAAGCAUAUCUAGGUAGACUCAGAAGCAGCAGAGCACUACUGGGAGCUAGCUGCUGAUUGGUGGCUGCAGAUAUAUGCCUGUUGCCAUUGCUCACCUGAUGUGUUUAGCAAGCUCCCAGUAGUGCACUGCUGCUCCUUUAACAAAGGAUAAAAAUAAUGCGGUAAAUUUGAUAAUAGAAGUUAAUUGGAAAGUUGUUUAAAAUUGUAUGCUCUGUCCAAGUCAUAAAAGAAAAAAAAAUAGGUUUCAUGUCCCUUUAAGAAGACACUCGCCAAACUUUCUACCUAAUCAGUAGUAGUGAUACAUUCUUUAUAAGCAGCUAAUAUAUAUAUAUAUAUAUAUAUAUAUAUAUAUAUGUGUGUGUGUGUGUGUGUGUUUGUAUAUGUAUGUUCUGAAAGAGUAUAUUUUGAAAUGUGCUAUGUUUUAUUUAAUAUUAGUGCUUUAAAAAUAUAUAUAUUCUUUGGUUAUAAAUCCAUUAUACGUAAUGAUGUACAAAAUAUUAUUUGGAAGUGUCAGUGUAUCAUUUACAAUAUGGCUUUGUGUGUUCUAUUUUAGGGGGCACUAUAUACUUAAAAGAACUGACAGAUACAAGUAAAGCAAGAAAAAAAAAUGUGAACUCAAAGGAACAGUAAAGUCAAAAUAAAACUUUCAUGAUUCAAAUAGAACAUACAGUUUAAUAAAAUUUCCAAUUUGC